UAUCUCGAGCAACUGUUUGGCGAUCGCUGGCGGAAAGCGAGACCAAACGCCCGAGGACCAGGUGGAGUUGACGGUGGCGAGGACCUCCGUGGCCACUCCUGUCAACAGUUGCAACAACAACAACAACAACAACAGCAAGAACAACAACAACAACAACUACAACAACAACAGCAAGAACAGAAACAGCCGCAGCUGUCUCGACAGCCGCAGCUACAGCAGCAGGACAGUGCCAGUAGCCGGGAAGGCCGGCGAAGUAGUGUGGUGCACCGGAUGCAAAGCAUCACCGGUAGCAGUGUACUCAGCGGAAGUGGUGGCAGCAGUGGAGGAGUUCUGGAUAGUGGAGGUCAUGACGAUGUGGAGGGAGAACUCUGUGGCAGUACCACAGCCACGGCCGGGAGUUCUACCAGUAGCUAUGACGGUGUCAGUGGGGUUGGUGCUAGUGGUGGCAGCAGGCUGCAGCAGGGUGGUUCGAGAAAGCGAAAGUCCCGCAUCACGUACGAUCGGGAGCAAGGUGUCCGGUACUACCGAGGUACCGCAACGACCGACAUCAACGAUUGUGAUUGCGAAGACAUCUGAAGACGAGCCGUGUCUGUGCGGCGUGGCACAGAGUGACGACUACGUUUGACGAGUGCAUGUGAGAGGGAAUAAAACACAAACGAAUCAACUGUGAAAAUAUCGAAGCUGUGAACGUUAAGUUUUGUGCAAAGAUUUAUGUUUUCUAACGUACGCACCCCCAUCACCAACAUCAUCACCCUCAUCAGCAUCAACCUCGAUGUCUCUGUGUUCCAGUACAACAUCGUCGGAGGUCUCUUCAUCCUAAAUGUUAGGCGAGGGGAAGAGAUAGUAAUUAAGUAAUCUAUAACGAUUCAACCAAGAACGAAAAGGCGCCGUUUCCACGCUUAGAGAGUAAGGUAAGUCUUCACCGGGGAUGGGAUUAGGACGUAACGAAAGAGCGGAGACACAGCAACUGUUCCGGUUACCUUAAACCAGUAGAGUAAGUACAGAUUUUCGUAUUUA